AUGUCGACACCAAGCGGCGGCUUCCUCGGCCGUUCGAGCAGCAGCAAUGCCAACAUGCGCGGUCUGGUCCAAUUCAUUGCCGACCUGAGAAACGCCCGCGCCCGCGAGCUCGAGGAGAAGCGUAUCAACAAGGAGCUGGCCAACAUCCGCAACAAGUUCAAGGACGGCAACCUGAGCGGCUACCACAAGAAGAAGUACGUCUGCAAGCUGCUGUACAUCUACAUCCUCGGCUGGGACGUCGAAUUCGGCCAUCUCGAGGCCGUCAACCUCGUCUCGGCCAACAAGUUCUCCGAGAAGCAGAUCGGAUACCUGGCCAUGACCCUGUUCCUCCAUGAGCAGCACGAGCUCCUCCACCUCGUCGUCAACAGUAUCCGUAAGGACCUGCUCGACCACAACGAGCUAUACAACUGCCUCGCCCUGCACGCCAUCGCCAAUAUCGGCGGUCGCGAGAUGGGCGAGGCUCUCAGCUCAGAGGUCCACCGCCUCCUAAUCUCACCGACCUCGAAAUCCUUCGUCAAGAAGAAAUCGGCCUUGACCCUCCUCCGCCUCUACCGGAAGCACCCCGACAUCGUCUCCCCGCAGUGGGCAGAACGCAUCGUCCACCUCAUGGACGACACUGACCUCGGCGUCGCCCUCUCCGUCACCUCGCUCGUCAUGGCCUUGGCCCAGGACAACCUGGAGCAGUACAAGGGCGCCUACGCCAAGGCUGCCGCCCGGCUCAAGCGCAUCGUCAUCGACGGCGAAUACACCACCGACUACCUGUACUACAAGGUGCCGUGCCCCUGGCUGCAGGUCAAGCUUCUGCGGCUCCUGCAGUACUUCCCGCCGGCGGAGGACACCUACGUGCGGGACAUGAUCCGCGACGUGCUCCAGAAGAUCCUCGACCUGGCUAUGGAGCCCAUCAAGAACGUCCAGCAGAACAACGCCCAGAAGGCUGUCCUGUUCGAGGCCAUCAACCUCAUCAUCCACCUCGACACGGAGGAGGCCCUCAUGAAGCAGAUCUCGACCCGCCUGGGCCGCUUCAUCCAGAGCCGCGAGACCAACGUGCGGUACCUCGGUCUCGAGGCCAUGACGCACCUGGCCUCCCGCACCGAGACGCUAGGCCCCAUCAAGGCGCACCAGGACAUCAUCCUCGGCUCCCUCAAGGACCGCGACAUCAGUGUGCGGCGGAAGGGUCUCGACCUCCUCUACAGCAUGUGCGACACGGACAAUGCGCAGGUCAUCGUCGCCGAGCUCCUGCAGUAUCUCCAGAGUGCCGACUUCUCCAUCCGCGAGGAGAUGGUGCUCAAGAUUGCCAUCCUGUGCGAGAAAUAUGCCACCGACGUGCAGUGGUACGUCGACAUCUCCCUGCGCCUGAUCGCCAUGGCGGGUGACCACGUCAGCGACGAGGUGUGGCAGCGAGUCAUCCAGAUCGUGACCAACAACGAGGAGCUCCAGGUGUACGCAGCCCAGAACAUCAUCCGUUACCUGCGGUCGAGCCAGUGCCAUGAGAGCCUGGUCAAGAUCGGCGCCUAUAUCCUCGGCGAGUUCGGCCACCUGGUGGCGGACCAGCCGAAAUGCAGCCCCAUCGAGCAGUUCCUGGCGCUGCAGAGCAAGAUCUUGCCGGCCUCGUCCAGCACGCGAUCCAUGAUCCUGUCGUGCUUUGUCAAGUUUGUCAACCUGUUCCCGGAGAUCAAGCCUCAGCUGGUGGGGGUAUUCGACCUCUACAGCCACACACUCGAUCCGGAGAUGCAGCAGAGGGCGUGCGAGUACCUGGCGCUGGCGUCGAUGCCGACCGACGAUCUGCUCCGCACCGUGUGCGACGAGAUGCCGCCCUUCCCGGAGCGCCAGUCGGCUCUGCUCUUCCGGCUGCAGCAGAAGCAGGCCAACACCAGCGACCGCCGCACCUGGGUCGUCGGCGGUAAGGAUGCCAACGCCGACAAGGCGGAGCUGGCCAUGGCCCGACCGGUCAAGAAGACCAACGGGGACGCCAACGGAGCCGCUGCAGCUGCCGGCGGCUCCGCAUACGGUGCCUCGGACCUAGCCGGAUUGGACAUGGGUCCCGCGUCGGUACCUAACCUGGCCAGCGCGGCGCACCUUUCCCCCGGCUGGGAGAAAGGGUACAGCCGGCUCCUCCUGCGUGCCGACGGCGUCCUCUUCGAGGAUGGACAGAUCCAGGUUGGCGUGCGGUCCGAGUACCGCGGCCAGAUGGCCUGCCUGAUCACCUACUUCAAGAACAAGUCACCGGCACAGAUGGGCUCCUUCACCACGACCCUGGACCUCGAAGCCUCGGAAAAGGGCAAGCUGAGCUGGGACAUCAAGACUCUUGCGGACAGCGUCGUCGAGGUGGGCUCCCAGUCCCAGCAGGUCAUCAUGUUCGAGGCCAAGAACGUCUUUGAGAAGAGCCCGACCAUGCGGGUCAGCUACCUCGCCGGCGCCCUGCAGUCCAUCACCCUCAAGCUGCCCGUCACCGUACACAAGUUCAUGGACCCCGCCGACCUGUCGGCCGAGGAUUUCUUCAAGAGGUGGAAGCAGAUUGGUGGGGCUCCCCGAGAGGCCCAGAGUAUCUUUGGUCUGCCGCCCGGCAAGGAGACGACGCGGGAGAUGACGCCGGAUUUCGUCGCCAGGACAGUCGAGGGUUUCAGGCUGCGUGUGCUGGACAUGGUGGAUCCGAAUCCCAAGAACGUCGUCGGUGCUGGUGUGCUGCAUACGUCCGAGGGGGGCAAGUUUGGCUGUCUGAUGAGGUUGGAGCCUAAUUAUGCUAGUCAGAUGAUCCGCCUGACCAUCCGUGCAACCGGGGAUACGGUGGCUCCCAUCCUACUGAAGACGAUGCAAGAUAGCCUGUCGUUGGGUGUAUCCAAGAUUCCCGAGUACGAAGGACCGCGGUCUCGUGCAGAGAUUUCCGAGGCAUUUGCAAAUGUCAUGGUCACCUGA